GCGGAGCCGGCGGCCCAGACGCGGAAGCGGGAGGAAGCAGCGUGGCUUCCCCUGGAUGUAAACACGGCGGCGGGGCCGGGCCAGGCCGAGGGGUCGCGCCGCGGGGCUUCUCCGGGAGGCCCUGCCCAGGGACACCACAGAGCAGUUUGCCAUUGACCCAGAUCACUGAUCAAGCCUGUCAUGAGGCUGAGAUUUACAAGGAUGCUGGAGUUGUUCUGGCAGGUGACUUGAAUCGCGCCGUGGGCAGCCACCUCAUUGCCUGUGAUCCAGGAAAAGGCCUUCUGUGAGAUUGGAGGGUUUGGAAACUGCUUGCCCAAGGAUGGCUUGAUGGUGGAAAAUAUGCAUGACCUUCCUUACACCGUUUAUGUUGGGCCAGAAAUAACUGCAGCAAUGGCAGUCAUUAGUGCUGCAGUGAAACACACCUGCCCACGUCUCCCAUUGGGUAUCCAGAUUCUGUGUUCUGCAAAUCAACAGGCUGUAGCUGUUGCUCUUGCUUCAGGUCUGGAUUUUAUCCGAGUUGAAGGGUUUGUUUUUUCUCAUGUUGCUGAUGAAGGGAUUAUAAAUGCCUGUGCAGGUGAUCUGCUAAGAUACCGAAAACAAAUCGGAGCACAGCAUGUUCAAAUUUUUGCCGAUAUUAAAAAGAAACACAGAUCUGGUUGGCCCAGAAGGAAGGACACUAGUCCCAGGACUACUGGUCUUUUGUGCGCUCACGCUCUGACAGCAGAUGUCAGUAUAUCAGAGACUGCUAAGGCUGCUGAGCUCUUCCUUGCUGAUGGGAUUGUAUUGACUGGAACAGCUACUGGAAUGCAGGCAGAUCCUAAAGAAUUGAAAGAAGUUGAACAUGCUGUGAAGAUUCCAGUGCUGAUUGGGUCUGGAGUGACGCUGGAGAAUGCAAGGAACUACUUGGAUGCAAAUGCUUUAAUAAUUGGUUCAUAUUUCAAGAAAGAAGGUUAUUGGGCAAAUAGUGUUGAUCCUGACAGAGUAAAGAAAUUUAUGGAUCAUAUAGGUAAACUGAGAGAAUGAAUUUAUCAUCAUAUAGUAUUGUGUUUGUGUAGAAUGAGAUUUGGCCACAGCACAACUUCUGUGGGGUUACCAUACAAAUCCAAUAUGAUAUACAGUACCAUGCACAAGCAACCUCUAUUAGCAUUCAUGGGAGUUGCAUGGGAAUUGGAAUUGGUUAAUACAAUAUUAAAUGAGGAGAAAAAAUCUUCUCUGUGGCUAGCCAGUAAAUCAGAUGGCAUUUUAAAGAAAAUGGGUGUUCUCAGUUUCAUUUGUAGAAGGCACAUUUCUGCAGCUCUCUACUCCAUGUUCCAGUACUAAAUUAUCUCUUAGACGUUUUCAGGAAUAUAUUCUUUCUGACAGGUAAAGAAUUUGUGCAGCUUAAGAAUUAGCUGAGUUUUGUUUUACAUGUGGAAUACAAUAGGACACCCUAAGAUUUCAGCCACCAGUACUGUAAAUUGGGCAGGUCAGUUAGCCGCUGUGUGCCUCAGUUUCUCCAUCUGUAAAAUGGGGAUAAUAAUACCUAUUUUAAAAAAUGUUGUAGGACAUAAUGAGAUUUUGUAAAGCAAUUUCAUCUAAUAAAAGUUACUAUAAAAGUGCAAGAUUUUUUUUUCAUUCAAACUCUAUUUGUCAAAAAAAUACAAUAAAAAUGCUGUAAGUUAGUAAAGUCCAUUUAUUCAUGUCUGAAUACUGGUGACAUCGUAGCAGAAUUUUUGGAAGUCUUGAUCCAUCACUAACUUCAGACACUCAGCAGCUGCCCUUCCCAGUUUUAAGUGGCACCCCAUCUAUUUAUCUCCUUAUUGGUCCUUUACUAUGAUGACCCAUCAUGAACUCCUUCCGUGAUAACUUUCUCAAGAUUAUUUCCAUCUCUAUGGCUGAUGUGAGCAAACUACAUAAGUUUGUGCCUGUUGAUUUCUGAGAGCAGAGAGUCCUCUUUUCUCCAAUAAUAUUUCAAACAUAAGAGUAUAUGCCAGCACCCCAUUUCAAAGGCUUCAGUUUUCUUCUAGUCAUCCACAUUAGUUCCCUAAGAUUCACUUCCAUAAGUCGCUAUGGAAAAAAAUUAUACUUUUCACCAGCUGAACCUUUGUAUGUUUCGAGAGGCCACGGUUUUUCCACACUUUUAUAAGGGAGGCCAUGACUGAACAAGCCAUCCCUAGUCUUCUUCCGAUUUCUUUAGAAUAGCCUCCUUGGUUGGACUAUGAAUGAUCCCAGGUAAUUAAAUCAAUCUACUUCCUCUACAGCUUGACCAUUAAUCUUGUUGUCCACUUGCAUCCUGACGUUAGUGAUAGUGUCAAGAUACAUGCAUUUUCAUUUUUGCCCCUUUCAGUAGUACAUAUUUCUCAUUAACUGUUUUUAACAGACUCCAACAUUUGUUGAAUUUCAUUGAUGGUUGCAACAAAAAGCAUAUCCGAGGUCAGUAAGAAGUGUUCACCAGUGGAAAUCCUAGUUCCUUCCACUUUAUCAAAACCUUCAGGGCUUGUCUCACAAGAAAUUCUGCAUACAUGUUAAAAAGACUUGGGAGGCAAAGGAGCAUUCUGUCUCCAUGUGCCAAUGGAAAACCUACUGCUGUUUGCACCAUGAUCUGUUGAUGGUGGAGACUUGUCAUGAAUUCAAUUAGAUGCUUUGGAAUCCCCAUGUCAGCCAGUAUCCUCCAGAGACUGUCAUGAUGGAUGAUAUCAAAUUCUUUGGAGUAGUCAGAGAAACGCCUAAUCAAUGGAUUGCUGAAUAUUUGCAAUUUGAUUGUAUGUGCCUCGUCCCUCUCUAAAAUCAGCUUGUGGUGAUGGUAGUUCUGCUUCUGUCAUUUGCUUCGUGCUGUCCUGAAUUAUACAGAGGAACACUUUACUUGCAUGCUAUAUCAAGGAGAUGGUACAAUAGUCACUGUACUGUUAUAGUUCCUUUCUUUGGUAAGAGCAGAAAAAUUCCCUUUGUCCAAUCAUCCAGUCAAUUUCUAGUCACUCAUGCAUUGUUGCAAAUUUUCCACAUGAGAUCAAUACCACCAUCACCGAUCACUUUUAACAAUUCUGCUGGCACAUUAUCUACCCCUGGUGCUUUCCCAAGCUUCAUUUUCAUAAAAGCACGCACCACUUCCUCGCUCAGGAUUGAUGGCUCAAGCUCUGUACUCUCUUUUCUGUCAUCCUGUAUUGUAAGUGGCUCUGAUGAGGCAUAGAGGUUGGCACAGUAAUCUCUCUGUGUUUGAAAUCACCACCUUCAGUAAAAACACUACUGUCAUGAUCUUUUAUUAUGCUUGGUCGCAGGGAAAACUUCUUACUAAAAUGUCUGACCACUGUGAACAUACCUUUUGUUUUAUUAUUUUAAUUCUCGAGUUCCUCACAUUUUGCUCUAAUGUAUUUGCUCUUAUCUCCUCUAGUCUGCCUUUCAAUCUGUCUGCUCAGUUCCUUACAGCGUAUUUUCUCUCCUGCAUUCUUCAGUCUCCAACCUUAACCUUCUCUGUUAUUUAUGGUGCGGUCUGACACUCGCUUUUUGGAAUGUGUGCUUUAGCGGCUUCAAGCAUGAUAGUUUUCAUUUUAUUCCAAAAGUCAUUCAGGUUUUCUCUUCUCUUUCACAUAUGAUAGUGACUCAAACCUGUUCUUUACAGAAGUCAUGUAGUUUUCGUUGAUUUGGGACAAGUGCAGAUGCAGCGGACCUGCCAAACGUCCUAUCUUUUUACAUUUUAAUUUUAUGUUUGAGGGUAACAGUUGAUGGUCUGACCCACAGUCUGCGCUCAGGGAAGUCUCUUUGUCCAUUGGACGCUUUAUCUCCAGCGUCCCUGUAUCAUUACAUAGUUGAUCUGGUUCUUUGUCACAUCGUCAGGUGACCUCCAUAUAUGUAAACAUAUAGGAUGUUGGGUGAAGAUAGUGUUUUUAAUGAUCAGAUGAUUACAGUACAGACUUCGACUAAACAUCUUCCUCUCAUAUUGUAAACCCAGACCACUGUUUCCCUUUAUUUCUUUGAGAGCUUACAGCUCCAACUUUUGUGUUCAGAUCUCCAAUUACAAGGGUGGUGUCUUCAGUUGGUGUUUUAAUAAGUGUCUCUUCAAAUCAUUCAUAGAAUGCCAUAAAUUGUUCGCUCGUCAGCUGCAUAGAGGCUUAAACCUCUAUGAUCAACCUUUUAACUGACUUUGCUUGAAGGCAAAUUGUAAUGGUUGUAUUGCUGAUUGUAUUAUAUCCAAGCACACACUUUGGUGUCUCCUUGAAUAAAAUAAAUGCAACCCCUUUUCUCUCACUUUCUCAGAACCUGAGUAUAUACCACAUACCCAUCCAUCAUCAUGAAGUGACCUCUACCAUUCCAUCACAGCUUAGAUUCCAUGUAUAUCUAUCUUACGUCUUUGUAAAUGGCAAAGUUCCCUUCAUACAUAUGCCUCACAAUCCAUGUUCCUGUUCUGAUCAUUCUUUUAUGAAGGUUCAAGUUAUUCUUUUCCUUGGUGCAAACAUCAGGUACUGUACUUCCCAAAGGAUUUGGUACAGCACCAUUGUAACUGCAACUGGUACUCUUGAUGGCCAGAACCUCCUCCCCAGGAUAAUUUGAUGAGCCUUUUGACGUGGGAGGUAUCUCACCAUCCAGUGCCACACAUGGAUCAUGUUGCCUUUGUUCUGCCAUGAUUGGUCUCAUGGGAGAAAAUACACGGGGUGGUUUCCUAUUGCCUUCUCUCUGGUUUGUGGUUGCUGUUGCUUAAAUCAUGAUUUAAUAACUCUUCUCCCUGUUGACGGCAUUUCCUCCAUUGGAGGUCCCAAUAUCCUCCCCAGGACCUCAUCUGUCUGAAGCCAUUAGUACUUCCUGAGGUUUCAGCCAGUUGUAGGUGGUACAGUCUACUGCCAUUACAGCAUCAGGCUGACUUGGAAAUGCUGUACCACAACCAAAAUUUAAAAAAAAAAAUUGGGAAAUGGAUUCACUUUCGGUACUUAACGAAGAGUAAGUGUAAAUAUUUAAAUUAUUUUAAAUAGAGCUGCUUGACAUUUUUGGGGAAUUUUGACAAAAUAUUUUAGUAAAAAACAUUUGAAAUGAAGAUUUAAUGCUGUUUUCAGACCAGCUAAUUCAGCUCUGCACCUCUCAGGAUUAGUAUUAGUGAUGUUGCAGACUGCCAAGAUCCUUCCUAAUACACACAGGGAUAAUUAUGAUGGAAGCCUUUCUUGUUGUACUGAGAAAUUUUCAUUUUCACAAAGAAUUCUUCAACACAGAAAACAAUAGUGGAUAGAUUCAGCCAUCUCUUAAAACUAAUAAAUUAUCACGAAUAAAAAAUGAUUUUCCUUAGCCAAAAAAAGGUCUAGAAGUCAUUGUUUGCUUAUGUAAAAUCAGAGAAUGAUAGAAGUACUAAAAGAUUUUAAAAAAAUCUUUUUUGUUAUUUUGGGUUCAUAAUGUGAAAAUCUUGUGUGAUGUUUUAGUGAGAAUGAUGUGGACACAGACAUGUUCUACAUGGAUAUAUUUCAGAGAGGUGUUUCUAUCUGAGCACCCAAGUGAAAGAGAAGAAAUUUUGCAUGAUAGUAUUUAUUUAUUAUAUAUUUAUAAUGUAUUUUGCAGAUUCGUUGGGUUGGAAAUGUAUUUACUUCAUGAACUAUCAUGUGAAAAACAGUCAAAUGUAAAUAAAAAUGACAAUUUCUGAUUA